AUGACAAUACCUCUUUCAUGCCAGUCCUGGAAAUUGCAAUCAGUCAAUUCAAAGUGUCACUUUUUCAUUUAUAAUUUUAGUUUGGAAUACAUAUGGGAUUUUGGAGAAAGGAAUGUACAAAGACCAUUUUACAAAGAUGUUGUACUUACAAGGAAGAACCUAAUCUGUACAAACAGUCCACCAGUUCUUAUGAAGACUCCACGCUUCUCACGAAAAUCUUAAUCCACAUCAGCUUCUGGAUCCUUCAGUUCUUGGCUUGUGUCAAUGAAACGCUGUUUUCCUGGACGAAAAUCAAGGAAAAACACCGACAUGGAUAUUUGCCACUGCAUGAUAAGAUGUUUUCCUAUUAUUUGAGAUAUAUUGUUCAUAGAGUGGUAGAUUGUUGGUCAUAUCCAAUUUGUAGUGCACCAGGAGGAGUAGUGGAGUUGAGAAAUAGAACUAGAAACGGACUGGGACAACCUUUUUACUACACAGGCUCAACGACGAAAUGCAUAAACCUCGCUUCCUACAACUACUUAGGCUUCGCUGAGACGACCGGACCUUGCGCAGAUGCAGCCGUUAAAUCCAUCUACACCUACGGAAUCAGCACCGGAAGCACGCGGCAAAAAAACGGCACUUGUCCCAUUCAUGACGAACUAGAAGAACUUGUAGCAGAAUUCCUGGGAGUGGAAGACGCUGUUGUUUUUGGAAUGGGUUUCGCUACCAAUACUUUGAACAUUCCGUUCAUCUUGAACGAGGAAUGUCUGGUAAUUAGCGAUGAGAAGAAUCAUAACAGUUUAAUUCUCGGGAUUAAGCUGUCUGGAGCUAGGAUUAAGGUUUUUAAACAUAACAAUACUGAUGAUCUGGAACAGCUGCUGCAAAAAGCGAUUUACUUCGGCCAACCCGAUCAAGAUGGUAACUUUAAGCAAUGGAAAAAGAUAUUUGUAUUCGUGGAAGGGAUAUACAGCAUGGACGGUACCAUUUGCAGGCUUCCUGAAAUUGUAGCGUUGAAAAAAAAGUACAAAGCUUAUUUAUAUUUAGAUGAGGCGCACAGUAGUGGAGCGAUGGGCAAGACCGGUCGAGGAGUAGUGGAAUAUUUCGGAUGCAGUCCUAAGGAUAUCGAUAUCUGGAUGGGGACUUUCACCAAGAGUUUUGGAUCUACUGGUGGGUUCAUUGCUGGAAGCAGGAAAUUUAUCACUCACGUGCGUGAUCAUAGUUACGCAUCUCGCCACGCUUGGGCGAUGUCGCCACCAUUAGCUGCCCAAGCGAUAGCUUCUAUGAGAACCAUUAUGGGUAAAGAUGGCACGGACGAAGGACAGAACAGAUUGAAGAAAUUGGCUAGGAAUACUAGAUAUUUCAGGAGGAGAGUAGAGCAAAUGGGGUUGAUAGUACACGGAAAUCAGGAUUCUCCUGUUGUGCCCAUUUUGGUGUAUUUUUGGUGUAAAAUUGCAAUUCUCACUAGAACUUUGAUGAAAGAGAAUAUAGCCAUAAUUGGAGUGGGGUAUCCGGCUACGAGCCUGACGGAAAUGAGAGUAAGGAUAUGCUUGUCUUCUGCUCAUACCAAGGAACAACUGGAUCACGCUUUGGAAGUGUUGGACAAAAUGGCGGACGAAUUGGGCUUGAGGUAUUCCCGAAAAGCCAUCGAUUAUACGCCAAUCGACUAUUAUAAAAUUAUAACGCAUCAUGAUUUAUAA